UCAAAAUUUGAAUUUUUUCCCUAUUGAAAUCAAGAUAGAUAUGGCCGGAUUAUUGAUUUUUAUUAUGGCCAAAGGGGUAAAUAUUGUUUUUGUUUCGUUACCAACCAACCGACUAAUCAACAACAACAAGUGGCCACCAUAUUGUUGAUAAUCGAUAUCGGGUUGUUUGUUGAUUUUUGGUCAAAUGCUUUAUUCCAAAUGGCUAUAAAUGUAAAUUGGUCGCCAAACGCUCAAAUACACUAACCAAAAUGAAUAAUAAAAAAUCAGCAUUAAAAAUUAGUUUAAAAAAUUGGUAUCAUAAAUUACAAUGCAUUGAUCUGAAUUUUCUACAACAAAUUACCAAUUUUAUUGAAUUAAUUACAUUUUCUUAUAAAAAUUAUAAAAGUAGUGGAUUUAUAUUGCAUCUUGGAAUAAAAAAACAAACCUAUGCUUAUGGUCAACAAGUUUGCGGAUGGUUAUCAUUAAAACAUCAACAAAAUUCUGCACAAGAAAUACGAAUAUUAUCCGGAAAAUCUAUCAGAAAAGUUGCUUAUGGAGCAAAUAUGGUUGUAAUAUUGACUGAAAAUGAUGGACAAAUUUAUAUAGCUGGUAAUCAUAAAUAUUGGCCAAAAUCGGCUGAUCAGAAUGGUCAAGAAAUGCGUUUAAUAUCCAAAACAAAACAAUUUAAAGAUAUUGCUUGUGGUCAUUCACAUGUACUUUGUUUGGAAGAUAAUGGUCAUCUUUAUACAAUCGGUUGGAAUCGUUUUGGUCAAUGUACAUCGACAAUUGAAUAUGAUUAUGAAAAUUUAAUCGAUACUGAAUUAACAAAUAUUCGUACAAUUGCAUGUGGUUGGAUGCAUUCACUAGCCGUAACGGAUGAUAAUCGUUUAUUUGGUUGGGGUUGUAAUUUAUACAAACAAAUUACAGACGAAACAGAUACAAAAAUUACUAAACCAUAUUUAAUGAUUGCCUCAUAUGAUGAUCAUUAUCUAUACAUCAAUGAUAAAUAUGAAAAUAUUUCGGCUGGUGAAUGUUUUACAUUGGCAAUUACAACUAAAAAUGAAAUUCGACAUUUUCAAAAUCAUUUUUAUGUUGAUGAUUUUAGUGUAUCAAAGUUUGGUGAUUCAAUAUCGAGAAUUCAAAAAAGUAAUUUUCAAGUAACCGAAAUAUUAUCAUUAUCAUCAGCAAAUUUAACUUGUAUUCUGUAUGAAAAUCAUCAAAAUUUGAGUACAAUAUUUUUUAUUUUUGAUCCACAAUCAUUAUUAUCACUGACAAUGAUUGAAGUAACGAAUUUUCAGGAAAUUUUUUACAAAUUUUCAACAAUACCAAUAACAUUUGGUUGGUGUGAAAAUAUUGGCCGUUAUGAUUCAAAUCUUUAUCAUUAUUUUAUGUCCGAAUCAAUAUCGGCUACGUUUGAUUGUCCCGAUUCUGAAGUAAAUGAUUUACGAUUUGAAUUUCCACAUGAUGAUGAUAAUGAUGAUGAUACGAAAAAAGGUAUCCGAUAUAUUUAUGUACAACGAUCAUAUCUACGAAUGGUAUCCGAAUAUUUUAAUCGAAUGUUAUCGAAUGAAUGGAAUCGACAGAAAUCGAUUCGAAUAACAACAAUAUCAUAUGAUAUUUUCUAUCAAUAUAUUCAACUUUUAUAUUUUGGUAAAAUUCAUCUAAAAAUUAUUUGGAACAAAAUUCGACAAAAUUUAAAUUGA